UGCUAAUAAAACUGAAAGUAGAAGCAUCAAUGGCGUUUAGCAUAUAAAUUAUUAACAGUGUAAACACAGCCAUAAAACGUUCAUAAAAGUACAGAACGGAAUACAAGACUUAAUCGAUCGAAGCAUGUUGGCCUACGAUUUCUUGUUGAUUUUAUUAAGUGUGGUUUACACUGAGCAGAAGAGCUAUGAAUAUUAUAAUAAUGAUGUUAUUGGUAUCCAAACCCGCUUUUUACGAAGGUUAAGUUUACACGCACACAAAUACCGCGACAAUUUACAUUUGAAGAGAAUACAUGAUGCAAGAAGAAGAAACGCAACCUGCAUGGAUGGUUCCGAUGCUAAAUACUAUAUAAGUCAUCACGCACACUCGAAGGACUGGGUGAUACAUCUUCAGAGCGGAGGAGGGUGUAUAACGUUCGACGAAUGCAGCGAUAGAGCAAAUGGCCCACUUGGUUCGUCUAUUCCACUGGAUUCAAAAAUCACCGGUGAAUGCAUGUUGUCAAAUGAUCCCAAAAUCAAUCCAACAUUUCAUAAAUGGAACAAAGUUUUAAUUCCAUAUUGUAGUGGUGAUGUGUUUGUUGGGCGUCAAUUAAAAGCCAAUCAUCCCUACCGCAUGCCAAUGCUCGGUCAUUACAUUGUUGUAGCUGUCAUCAAAGAUUUGAUCAAAAAAUAUAAAAUUAACAGAAAAAGAACAAAGAUACUUUUUGGCGGAACGUCAGCUGGAGGUGUCGGUGUAAUAGCAAACCUUGACCAUGUACAGGAACUUGCUUUUCCGGCUCAGGUGAAAGGUUAUAAUGAUGGCGGUUGGUUCACGCUUUUCCCAAACUUCGGUGAAAAUCAGAAAACAAAUGGUCUGAUGGAGUCUGGGCUUCCCAAAUUCUUCAAUACUUUAACAAAUGUGUUCGAAAAGAACUGGGAUGGCUUUGUUGAUGAAUCAUGUCGUAAACAAAUGCCCAAAGCAGCUGCGUGUUUGUAUGGAGAGUUAGCUAUAACUUAUUUAAAGACGCCAAUCUUCGUGCUAUCAAAUUUUUGGGAUGCUUACCAAAUGACGCAGAUGGUUAGUAUGGAAUACCAGCCUGUCAAUUCACCGCCACUUACGAAAGCUGAGCGACAUUUUGUUUCGAAGUUUGGUAACAACACACGCAGGUCGCUACACAGGGUUCUUUUAAACAAAAAUAAUGGAGUAUUUUCACCAGCUUGCCAUGCUCACACGUUCUUUGAAAGUUGUAUCGAUGGCAUCUUAUGCGGAACUCCGAAAGAAAGAACUUAUGUUAUUGAUGGUCAAUCGGCUUACGGCGCAUUAGCAGAAUGGUAUGAAAGCGAUGGCCGCAAAGGAUCAUAUAUUGAUCAAGCAGAAGAUGACCCAUCAUGCAAUCCGAGUUGCUGUUCAAUACAUUGCUACAAAUGUCGACCGUUUAAAAUGAGCAAACCAACUGUUUCAAAGAUAAAAACAAAACAAAGAAAGAAACACAAAAAGAACCCUAUAGUUUAUUAUUCGUCGACUUCGACGAAUUUUACCUCUAUAUUCUAUACUUUAACGUGCUUAAUAUUUUCCAUGCUUUGGAACAACAGCUAGCGAUAGCUGGAUGACAUAUUGACAAAAGAUGUACAUAACUUUAUUAUUUUAUAUGAUGAACGUUAGAAAACACAUAUAGUUAGAUGUAUAUAUUGUAUAACCUUGAUAAAAGAUAAAUUAUUUUAAAAGAGAUCAUUUCAACAUAAGGAGUAAGAAAUUUU